AUGGCCACUGCCCUCACGAGGGCCGAGACAGCGGACUUUGCCGCCGCUCGAGCGCCGCCACAAGCGCCGCAAGUGCUGGACAAGGCACCAACGACACCGCUAUGUGCGGGUAAUGAUAUCAAGCGCCGGUUGACGUGUACGCGUCCGAGUCGCCUGCACAAUGUUAUCGUAGAGACUGCGCUGGAAGACGCAGCGUCGACGCGCGUGGGCACAUGUCUCGACAACAGCUCCAGUACGCUCGAGAGCAGGGACGUGAAGUCUGCAGUGGGUCCAAUGGACUUUGACUUGCUGUGUGUCAUUGGCCAAGGAGCUUUCGGCAAAGUCAUUCAAGUGCGCCAUGUCCCGACGGAUGAGGUCUUGGCCAUGAAAAUUGUGUCGAACAAGUACAUUGUACAGCACAACUCGGUGUCGUACUUGCAGGCUGAGCGAGACAUUAUGACCAAGAUCAAUCACCCGUUCCUCAUUAGUCUGCGGUACGCGUUCCAGACCAAGUCGAACGUGUACUUGGUCAUGCCUUUUGUAGCGGGUGGAGAGCUGUUUCACCACUUGCAUAAGCAGGGCUUACUGCUGGAGAGUUCGGCCAAGUUCUACGCUGCAGAGAUGGUGCUGGCACUCGAGCAUUUGCACGUAAAGGGCAUCAUUCAUCGCGACUUAAAGCCCGAGAAUGUGCUGCUUGGUGCGGACGGACACAUUCGACUGACCGACUUUGGUCUUGCCAAGGAGAUGACUGAUGAGGACGGCUCGACUAGCACCAUGUGUGGCACGAACGAGUACAUGCCACCGGAGAUGAUCCGUCGCAAAGCGUACAAUCAGGCGGUAGAUUGGUGGGCGCUUGGUGCGCUCAUCUACGAGAUGGUAACGGGCUACCCGCCUUUCAGACACAAGAACCGCAAGAAACUACAUCAAAAGAUCUUGAAUGAGAAGCUUUCUCUACCCAAGUGGCUUGGCUCUGAGACUCACUCUAUCCUGAAGCAGCUGUUGGAGAGAAAUGUCGACAAGCGUCUUGGUUCCGGCAAGUCUACGAUGUUCCAGGUGAAGGGUGUGCAGGCCAUCAAGAAGCACGUCUUCUUCAAGGACAUCGACUGGGGCUUGCUUGAGCAAAAAAAGGUGCAGCCGCCGAUUCUGCCAAAUGUCGUGAACAGCAUGGACACAACGUACUUCUCGGAGGAGUUUACGACGCAGGAUGUUGGGCGGCGUAGCCGCGUCAGCAGCUCUUGUGCGGAUGGCGACACGAAAAAGCUCUUCGCACGCUUCUCUUGGGUCGCUGACGAUGCCCCGAGCUUUGCGGAUAUCGUUCGCGCAGGCAGUGCGGAAAAUGAUACGAUUGCAGUAGUUCAUGAUGGAGUUGAGAAGUUGACGCUUGCUGAGGACGUGACAACUGCUUGA